AUGGCGGUGAAGAGCCCCAUCACCCCUGUCAGCCCGGUUUCGCACCGCAGCAGCAGCAUCGGCCUGGCUCUGUUUCCGGAAACUGGUGACUUGCCGCGCUUGCCAGCUCCCGCUGACGACCCGCCUCGUUUGGAGCUGGGUUCCAAGCAGCGCAGGAGUAACAGCCCCCAGCGCCAGCACAGUUUUUUGGAGGUCCUGACCAUGAUCAAGGAGCUGCAGCAGCAUCUCUGCGAAAUCUACGAUGCCGAUGUGGCGCUGCUGUCCUCGAAAAUGUCGGACGAGCCCCUGCCCCUAACAUCUCGCAGCAGCAGCGGGCCGUCCUUGACGAGAGAUCGGACAUGGAGCCUUUAUGCCACCACAGCUACCACGCGUGAGAAAAUGCCUGGGCGGCGCUCCCCAAGGGGACGGAAACGCGCGGUAUCGACUCCAGGACCGUCGGCAUCGGUGAAAGCACCGUCACAGUUCCACGUGGAUGCGCGCUUCAGCUCAAAGGAACCCAAGGCACCGUCACAGUUCCACGUGGAUGCGCGCUUCAGCUCAAAGGAAUCCAAGGCAUGGUCCGUGAGCGAAUUGGCUAGCCAAGCGAUCAUGGCAAAGAAUGACAUGGAGGAGGGUACUGCCUUGGUUCCGUUGGAGCUGCAGGAAAUUCGACAAGAGACCGAGAAUGAAGUGGAGUUUCACAUUGCUGAAGAGUGGGCCAUGGACAAUGAGGACGCGACGCUUUUGUCAAAACGUUACCCUUUUUAA